AUGUGUGCGCCAGACUCAAGCCGGAAAAAGAGUGGCGUUGUAGUCGAUUGGCACACUCAAAAUCUAACAGCAGCAGGGAAGUCGUCGCUGUAUUACAGAGCAGCUGACUCCGUUUCCACCGUCUGGCUUUUUGGAUGGCCUUAUCUGCAGAAGUGGUGUGAGUUGUGCACCAAGGCUGCGUUCCAGACGGAGCCAAGCAACUUCAUCGGAGCCCUCGGCACUUGGCCGGCCUACUUUGAGUUCGACGCAUCUGCGCUAUCACACCUUACCGACAUGGGAAUUACCUAG